GGAAGAGGAGGUGUUGGAAGUGGGAACUGGGAUCAGCAGAGACGCUGCAGUGUCUUGGCAGCUGCAUUAGAGCAUCGUGAUGCCUUCACGGCCGAAGCCUUCUUCCUGUCCUCCUCGCCUGCCAACGCGGUGGAGAUGAACUCGGCCGCCAACUGAACCGCUCCUUCUCUCUCUCCCUCUCCCGCGUCUUCCUUGCUUCCGUCCGUCCGUUCGAGUGGAAGAUGGUGGCGAUAGGCGGGAAGUGUUUCAGCGACGUCCGCUUGCUGUCUCUGCAGGUCAUCGUGAUGCUCGGCGGCGCGGCGUGGCCUGCUUCGGAGGGGCUCACCUUCCCGCAACAGUACACGAUAAUGCACUGGGCGAGGCGCAUCGAGCAGGAGAUUGACAGAGUCUUUCAGCACAUCAGUGGAUCUCAGCAGCUGAAAGGGAUCUACAACGAAGAAAGAAGACGCUUUAGCCUGGUGAAGAAUCAACCUCGGAGGAUCGUGGAGAAGGUGGCGUCAGACAUCGAGAAACUUCUGGCGAAGAAGCGCAAAGCUCUCGAAAGGUUAGCCAGAGAGGCAGAGCGGCUUCAACAAGAGCAUCCCUGGCAAGAUGGCAUCAAGGAGCUGGACAUGGCUUACUACGACUCCAAGGCAGAGCUGGAUUAUUAUUCCAUGGAUGGAGAAAGCGAAGUGGAAAAUCCUUCCCACAUCAAGCUGGAGUUUGUGUACGACCCCAAUUUCAAAAACAAUGUCAACUAUUCCUACACGGCUGUUCAGAUUCCCACGGAUAUUUACAAAGGAGCGCCAGUCAUUCUCAACGAGCUCAACUGGACUCAAGCUCUGGAGAAAGUCUUCAUGGAGAACAGUCGGGAAGAUCCGUCACUACUGUGGCAAGCUUUUGGGAGCGCCACUGGUGUGACGCGCUACUACCCUGCCACUCCGUGGAAAGCCCCUGAUAAAAUCGACCUGUAUGAUGUCAGGAGGAGACCCUGGUACAUCCAGGGCGCUUCUUCUCCCAAAGACAUGGUCAUUCUUGUUGAUGUGAGCGGCAGCGUCAGCGGCCUGACACUGAAGCUCAUCAAGGCGUCAGUGGUGGAGAUGCUGGACACGUUGUCUGAUGAUGACUACGUCAACGUAGCUCGGUUCAACGAGAAGGCAGAGGCGGUGGUUCCGUGCUUCAAACAUCUGGUGCAGGCCAACGUGCGCAACAAGAAGAUCUUCAAGGAAGCGGUGCAGCAGAUGCAGGCCAAAGGCACCACUGACUACAAGUCUGGCUUUCAUUUCGCCUUCAAUCAGCUGUUAAAUAAAACAAACGUGCCGCGUGCCAACUGCAAUAAAAUCAUCAUGCUUUUCACCGAUGGAGGCGAGGACCGCGCCCAGGACGUCUUCAUGCAGUACAACUGGCCCAACAAAACGGUUCGGGUGUUCACCUUCUCUGUGGGCCAGCACAACUAUGAUGUCACACCCUUGCAGUGGAUCGCGUGCACAAAUAAAGGUUACUAUUUUGAGAUCCGCUCCAUCUGCGCCAUAAGGAUUAACACCCAGGAAUACCUGGACGUGCUGGGACGCCCCAUGGUGCUGGCAGGCGGAGAGGCCAAGCAGGUCCAAUGGACUAAUGUGUAUCAGGAUGCUUUGGGUCUCGGGAUGGUGGUAACCGGGACUUUGCCUGUGUUUAAUCUCACCAUGGAUGGAAACCUGCAGAAUCAGCUGAUUUUAGGCGUCAUGGGUGUGGACGUGCAUCUGGAUGAGAUAAAGCGCCUGACACCAAGAUACACACUCGGUGCCAAUGGUUACAUAUUUGCUAUUGACCCGAACGGAUAUCUCCUGCUGCACCCCAAUUUGCAACCCAAGCUGGUGAACCUUCCAGAACCCGUGACACUGGACUUCCUGGAUGCAGAAGUGGAGGACAGCAAUAAAGAGGAGAUCCGUCGGCAGAUGAUUGAUGGGCGUCCGGGUGACAUGCAGGUCAAAACUCCCAUCAAAUCAGUUGAUGAGCAAUACAUUGAUGAGGUACACAGAGGCUACACCUGGACUCCUAUCAAUGGUACUGAUUACAGUUUGGGGCUGGUACUACCACCGUACAACGAGUACUACAUCCAGGCAGACCUCAGUGACGUGAUGCUACAACUCCAGUACAUGCAGUCUUUGCUGCCCAGCUCGUUCGAAUCCUCGGGCCACGUCUUUCUCGCUCCAAGGGAAUACUGCAAGCGUCUGCAACUUUCCGACAACAACACACAGUUUUUGCAGAACUUCCUCUCGCUCAUGUUGGAGAUUUCGCCUGAAUCAGAUGAGUGCGACCAAGCGCUCAUCCAUAACCUGAUUUUCGAUUCUCGGAUUAUUGGACAGCUGGCUUCACGCGUGUGGAAGAACAAGGAUCUUAAUUCGUACGGCUUCCUGGCUGUGUUUGCGUCCACUGACGGAGGUAUCACGCGAGUCUUCCCUAAUCUAGCUGCAGAGUUGUGGGAUGAGGACCCUGAGCCCUUCAAUUCAAACUACUACCGACGCAGCCUGGACAACAAAGGCUACAUGUUCCGAGCGCCACCGAGAUCAUCUUUGGAUGACCUGUUAGGACCAGAAAAUGGCACAGUUGGAAUCCUGGUGAGUUCAGCCGUGGAGGUUAAUCUCGGAGGAAAACUUCUCAAACCUGCAGUGGUGGGAGUGAAGCUGGAUUUGGAAGCGUGGGUGGACAAGUUUAAGAUCCUGGCCAGCAACGUGUCAGACAAUCGACAGGGCUCACAUAAGUGUGGAGCAUCCAGGAGUUGUGAGAUGGACUGUGAGGUCAACACUGACGACCUCCUCUGCUACCUGGUUGAUGACGGUGGCUUCCUGGUUAUGUCCAAUCAAAGAGAUCACUGGAGAAAGAUUGGCCUGUUUUUUGGAGACGUGGACCCGUACUUGAUGCACGCCCUGUACAACAACUCCAUCUUCAACCGACGUCAGACUUUCCACUACCAGUCGGCGUGUGAGCCAAUCAGCAGCAGCCACACGGGGGCGGCGCCAAGACCCUUCUUUGUGCCAUCCAUCGCCGACAUGCUCAACUUGGCCUGGUGGACGUCCACGGUGGCCUGGUCUUUGGUGCAGCAGCUCCUGUAUGGACUUGCACACAGCAGCUGGCUCCAGCAAGAUGAUAUCCUAGCAGAAGGCUUUGAGAUGAAGAGCAGCAGCUGCGUGACCAUCCAAAGCCAGUUCUUCUUCACAAACACCACCAACUCUUACAACGUGCUGCAGGACUGUGGCAACUGCUCACGGCUUUUCCAUGCCAAGCGGAUAGAAAACACCAACCUCCUCUUUGUGGUCGCUGAGACGCUUCCCUGCAGCUCCUGUGAGAUAGAGAGACUGAGCCAAGUCAGGACCGAGUUUCAGGAGGAGAAUCCUUGUAAGGUACUGAGCAAUGCACGAUAUCGGAGAGGCCCGACAACCUGCCUUGACUACAGUGCCUUAGAGAAUACUUCCGAGUGUGGGGGGGCUCAUGUGGUGCAGCCUUCCUUGGUGGUCCUUCUUGUCCUUCAGAUCAUUCUGCCUUUCAUUCACCUUUGACAUGUGCUGCCAAUCGCCAGCGAAGGUCAAGGCACACGAAGCGAAACAACACCACGGUGCGUUUGACUUUGGAGGGAAGGUAUGAACCUUUUCCUCACGUUUUGGAUAUCAUGUCGGCUUCCAAGAGCAGAGUUGAUGGUGCCAUGAUGGGGAUAAAAAAUAGACAAGAUAUUGAUUAUUCAUGCUGUGAUUGCCAGUUGACCGUGUCACAGCGUGAACGCGUUAUUGAUUCAGCCUUCAGUCAUUUCGUUCUUUCACUGUGGAUGCUCUCAUGCAUGCUCACAUCUGUUUACAGCCACUUGGGGGCGCCAAAGCAUUGAAAGAAAAUAAUUACUGCCAACACACAAAAAGGGAUGA